AACAGGUUGAAAUUUACAAUGAGCUUAUCGGCAGAGGAAAUUUUGACUGAGGUCUGUGGUGCGCCGCCAAUUUUGCCGGACAUCAAAGAUGAAUUAUGCGAGUACAUCGAGUGCCCGGAGAAACUACCGAUUCACCAGGUGGAAAAUGUCCAGCUGUACUGGCCUCGGGAGCCGAAUAUUUUGUCGCUUCUAGAGUAUGAUUUGUCACCUCUCGAUGUCCUCAAGACAGUCUCGACAUCGAACCUAGACCUAGAAAAUAAUUUACGUACUCUAGCAAAAGGAUUCCUAGCUGGUGUUGAGUUUGGAAACGACAAUUGCACUCCGAAAGACAUUGCCAAAGACGAGCCGAAAAACCACCACAAGAAAAAGCCCAAAGGCAAGCUAGAAAAAGUCAAUUUAAUGGCGAUGGUCAAUGAAGAAGGCAACAAACUAGGUCUCUGGUCGUCUUCUAACUCAACCGAGACAGAAGAGAUAAAAAAAUUCGACGACACUGCCGCGAAUCUUGAAGAGAUUGACGAUCUUGUAAUCGACGAUUCGCAUAUUCCAGUGCUAAAACUCGUGGAGAAACCCAAAUCAAUGCUAGCAGAGUGGGCUGAGCAGCUGGACGUUUCAGUACCGGUUCCAGAUUUCGACAAACGUGUGCCAAAACCAGCCAUUACUUUUGACUACGAGCUCGACACCUUCCAAAAACAAGCUAUCAUAAAGCUGGAAGAGGGCUGCAAUGUCUUUGUAGCUGCUCACACUUCUGCUGGCAAAACAACAGUUGCUGAGUACGCAAUCGCAUUAAGUCAAAGACACAUGACCCGUGUAAUCUAUACCUCGCCAAUAAAAGCCUUGUCCAAUCAAAAGUACCGCGACUUUAAACGCAACAAACACUUUGAAAGUAUUGGAUUAGUUACCGGAGACAUUCAAAUAAAUCAAACAGCUAAUUGUUUGAUUAUGACGACUGAAAUUCUUCAAACAAUGUUGUACAAUGCAUCCGAGGUACUAAGAGAUCUUGAGUAUGUAAUUUUCGACGAAGUUCAUUAUAUAAAUGAUGAAAACCGUGGACAUGUUUGGGAAGAAAUUGUAAUUUUAUUACCGCCUAAUGUCAAUAUUGUUAUGCUGUCAGCGACAGUUCCAAAUCCGCUGAUAUUUGCCAACUGGGUUGGCAAUAUAAAGAAGCGAAAAAUGUUUGUAAUAAGCACUCUUAAGCGGCCGGUACCGCUGAAGCAUUAUCUGUACACUGGAACUGACGGCAAGACACGCAAUGACAGGUUCUUGGUUCUGGACGGAGAAGGUCAGUUUAAUUUAGACACCUGGUACAAAGUUAAACAGCUGAAGGAUUCUAAGAAGCCCAAAAAUCAGGACGUUAAGAAUGUUAAUAAGAGAAUACAAUUGACACCAAAGCAAGAGAAGACAAUGUGGGAAGCUUUUAUAGCUCAUCUAAAAGAACAUGAAAAAUUACCUGUAGUUAUUUUCACCUUGUCGAGAAAUCGAUGUGACAUGAACGCAGAUUCCUUGACUUCGGUUUGUUUGACGACAGAAACUGAAAAAGGACACGUGAGAGCUUUUUUUAAAAAAUGCAUUAAACGUUUGAACGACGCAGAUCGGGAGCUGCCUCAGAUCAAGCGGAUGGAGAGUCUCUUGGAGCGAGGCAUCGGGGUUCAUCACAGCGGAAUUCUGCCGAUUUUGAAGGAGAUAAUUGAACUAUUGUUUCAAAACGGAGUGGUGAAAUUAUUGUUCGCUACUGAGACUUUUGCGAUGGGGAUUAACAUGCCAGCUCGGACUGUUGUUUUUGAUUCGAUACGAAAAUUUGAUGGGAAACAAUUCCGCGGGCUGCUGCCUACGGAGUACAUUCAAAUGGCCGGACGUGCUGGACGCCGAGGACACGACAAGUCGGGUACUGUAAUAAUAAUGUGCAAGACAGAGGUGCCCCAUUUUAUGGACCUGAAAGCGAUGAUGUGCGGCGAACCGCAGAACCUACAGUCUCAGUUUAAAAUUACUUACUCGAUGGUACUGAAUUUGAGGCGAGUCAGUGAGUCGGUUAGUGUCGAGGAUAUGAUGCGCAGGUCUUUUAAAGAGCUAUCGCUGAUUACUGAUACUACUAAGAGGAAGACUGAGCUGAUUGAAGUGGAAGAAGCGCUGGCGAAACUUCCACCGGAGACUGAAUUUCAAAAACAAUUGUCUGACUUUUAUAAACUAGCCAUGGAGUAUAUUGUUGACUGGAUUAAACUCAGCCCGCAUUUGUUCCAAGGGAAGAAAGUCACCAAGGCUUUGAUUCCUGGAAAAGUACUGAUUAUUUCAUACAGACAUCAUUAUUAUAAACUGGCUGUACUGCUGAGUGUCAAUCAGAAGAAAACGGAAAGCGAGUACAAUGUAUUGUGUUUGAAAAAUUCAAAUGAGUCUCAGGAAAAAUUGAACAAACCCGAAAAUUGGUACCGGAUUCUAUCACUGACCAAGAGGAAUAUUUUUGUACCUGAAGGCGUGCCCUCUCACGCGUUUUUGACGAUCAAGUCUGAGCAUAUCAAUGAAAUUACCAAUUGCAUGAUUGGCGCUGAUUGUAGUUUGGUUUUGAAGGAUUGUGAGAAGCGCAAGAUCUCAAGGUUCCAAAAUGACCCCCCGAGUCCGACGUGCCAAGCAGCUCUUCAGGAUCUGAUGUCGAUGUCGCUGAUGGCUAAUCAGAAUUCAGGAAUUUUAAAGCCUUAUGUUGAGGCCAGUGUAUCUCAUCCUGAUCAUGUAGCUAGGUCUAAAUAUCUAGCAGUGCUGGAGAAGCGAAUUGCUCAGAGUAAAGUUUCCAAGAUGCCUAAUUUGGAAAAGCACUUUGAAGCAGUCUUUGAACGCAAUGAGCUUGAACAACGGCUACAUGAUUUGCAGUUCCAAUUGAGCGAUGAAAGUCUCGCGCUUUAUCCCGAGUAUGUGAACAGGGUUCAGGUUUUGAAGACUUUGGGGUACAUUGAUGUUGAUGAUAGAGUAACUUUGAAAGGGCGAGUGGCGUUAGAUAUGGGCACUCAUGAAUUAUUGAUAACGGAGUUGGUUUAUCGGAAUAUUUUAACCAAUCUACAGCCAGCUGAGAUUGCUGCUUUGUUGUCUGCUCUGGUGUUCCAGCAGAAGAUGGACAAUGAUCCGGAGCCUAAAUUAGCAGUGCUUAAAGAGACAAUGAAAACAAUAAUCAGCAUCCGUCAAGAGAUAGAAACUAUAGAGCUUCAAUAUGGAAUGGAAACAGUCGAGCCACUUAAUUUCGGUCUGGUGGAAGUUGUUUAUGAGUGGGCUCGAGAAGAGCCGUUUGCCAAAAUAAUGGAACUUACAGAAGUCCAAGAAGGUAUUAUAGUCCGUUGCAUCCAGCAAUUAAACGACACACUGAAGGAUGUUAAAACAGCGGCAAAUAGAAUCGGUGAGACUGUUUUAAAAGAAAAAAUGGAGGAAGCUUCCACAGCUAUCAAGCGUGACAUUGUCUUCACGGCUUCGCUCUACACCCAGGAUUAG